AUGGCAUCACCUUUACAGAAAGUUCAAACGCGUGAUGACCGAGUGCAUGGACCUCGCAAAGUGAACGUCACUAUUUUGGCAUCUGAAUGGGGACCAAGGAAUUGGGGGCUCUCUACCAUUAACAGAGAAUUAGCCAUUCAGUUAGCCAAGUUCCCUGAAGUGGAAAUAACUUUCUUUUUACCAAAAUGCAGUCAAGAGGACAAAAACGUAGCCCUUGACCACAAAGUAAAGAUCGUAGAGGCUACGCCACUUUCUUGUUUUGAACAGCUUGACUGGCUUUGUUUUCCACCAAACGAUUUGGAAAUCGACAUAGUUGUUGGUCAUGGAGUUAAACUUGGUAGACAAGCGCAGGUCAUUAAGAAAUCUAAAACGUGCAAAUGGGUUCAAGUGGUGCACACAGACCAUGAGGAGCUUGGGAUGUUUAAAAGCUAUUCCCGCUCAAUUUCAAAGGGUGAAGAAGAGCACAAGAACGAAGUAGAACUGUGUGAAAUGGCUGAUCAUGUUGUAGGACUUGGACCCAAGUUGAGCGAGGCCUUUCGCUCGUGUCUUUCUGGUUGUAAUAAAGAUGGUUAUGUCUUUGACCUCACUCCUGGAGUAUUUGAAGAGUUUGAGACUGUAAAGCAAGUCAGCCGAAGCGAUGGGCAACAACGCAGAGUCUUGGUGUUUGGUCGUGGAGACGUAGAAGAUUUUGAAUUAGAGGGAUUUGACAUCGCUGGGAAAGCGAUUGCUGCAUUACAAGAUACUCAUCUUGUUUUUGUUGGGGCGCUGGAUGGAAAACACAAGGAAAUUGCGAAGCGGUUAAUGGAGUAUGGUGUUCCUGCCAGUCGAUUGAAAGUAAAAGGAUUUGUUCAAGACCGAGAGAAUUUAAAGCGCUUAUUGCAACAAGCGGAUCUUCUAGUCAUGCCUUCAAGAGCAGGGGGAUUUGGUUUAACAGGACUCGAGGCAAUGUCAGCUGGUCUCCCUGUACUUGUCAGUUGCAACUCUGGCUUUGGACAAGCACUGCGCAGUGCAGUUUUUGGUUCUUCAUUUGUGAUUGAGUCAGAGGACCCCACAGUGUGGACCGCAGCCAUUCAAAAGAUCUGGAACAAGGACAGGGAAUGUCGACUUGAGGAAGCGGUGACCUUGCGCGAUUCCUAUGGCAGGAAAUACGACUGGACCAAACAGAUAAAAGAGUUAGUUGACAAGAUGAUCAGCCUGACUCAUGGUAGGAAUGUCAACUAUAUUUUCUUCAGUAUCACAUUAUCAGGUAACAAUAGAGAGAAAAAUGAAAAGAAACUAAAAUAGGAUCGCUUACAAGUUUUGCCCUGAAAUCUUGAUAAAAAUAUUGGCGGAUACCUGUCUGAACCUUAUGCUGAAAACAUCAAAACUGUAAUGUUUGUAAUUUCUUCAGGUACAUUGUUUUCAGCAGAAUGGUCUGUGGAGAGCGCUCGUCAUACUCUUCGGUCAUAGUCUUUAUCUGCAGCACUUCACAUAAUUAUAUGAUUAUAUUUUUUACACACACAUAAUCCCUACAAUAGCAUGUUUUCUCCAUUUUGUUGCAACAGAAGAUUCUCCAAAGGCUCGGAGCUCCUUCGAAACAAAGUGGAACGCUUCUCAGAGGAUGGAAAGCAUGACUGACGACCAUGAAGGUAUCUUUGUAGACAGCACG